AUAAUGGUGGUGGUGAUGCUGCUGGCGUUAUCAUGAUGAUGCCAGUGAUAAUGUUGGCGGUAAUGGUGCUCGUGAUGGUACUGGUGAUCUCGAUUGUGCUGAUCGUCCUGGUGAUCGUGCCUGUGAUGGUCCAGGUGAUGGUGCUGAUGAUGGUGCUGAUGAUGGUGCAGGCGGAUGGUGAUGCUGAUGGCAGUAAGGACAGUGAUGGUGAUGGGGAUGGGGAUGGGGAUGGUGGUGGGGAUGAUGAUAAGGACAGUAAUGGUAAGGGUGAUGGUGAUGGUGAUGGUGAUGGUGAUGGUGAUGGUGAUGGUGAUGGUGAUAUGUGUGGUGUUGGAGAUGGCUAUGGGGAUGGUGAUGGUGAUGGUGAUGGUGAUGGUGAUGGUGAUGGUGAUGGUGAUAAGCACAGUAAUGGAGGAAAAGACGAGACGAGGAGCCACAGGACGAGGUGGAGAAUGGUAUGUGAUGGAGAAGCCCAAGGUGAAGGACGUAAGAGGCAGAGAGGAGAUGGAGGGGGUGAAGGUGAAGGGAGGAGCACUAGGGAGAUGAAGGAGGUCCAGGAGGUGAAGGAGGUGGAGGGAGCUGGGGGAGGUGGAGGAGCUAAGGAGGUGAAGGAGGUGGAGGAGGUGGAGAAGGUGGAGAAGGUGGAGAAGGUGGAGGAUAUGACGUGGGUCGGAGAGGUGGAUGCAGUGGAGGUGGUGGAGGCGGACAUGACGAGGGUGGGGGAGCUGGAUGCAGUGGAGGUGGUGGAGGCGGUGGAGGCAGUGGAGGCGUGUGGAGGCGGCGGAGGGGGUGGAGGUGGGCGCAGGGGGGCAGACGACGUUAUCCAAGCGUUCUUUCGCAGGGAUCUACGGCGGCUCUGUGCGGAGUGCAGUGCGUGGGGUGUGGCGCAGCGGCGGGGUGGCAGCGGAGUGUGGACUGUGAGAGUGACCGGAGAUGGAUGCGGGGAGAGCAAUCAUCAUCGUCGUCGGAACGAGGGAAAGAUUUCCUGCAGACUCGGAAAUGCGGGAGCGGGAGCCGGAUGUGAUUGUGAAGCAAGGGAGGAGGAGGAGGUUGACGAAGUUGAGAUACCCAUUGACAUCGGGGUCGCGAUGGAACAGAGGGAUCAUAAGGCUGCAUGCAAUGCAGAUGGGCUGGGCUUCUCGUUGCAAUGCCUCGCCAGUGACGAGGAAAGGGGAGGAGGUACGCUUGAUGCCAACAAGUGCAGAAUUUGUUUGGUGGCAGUUUCAGAUCGGGGGCGGCUUAGCUGCUGCGAUCACAUGUUUUGCUUCGCAUGUGUGGAUACUGGGACACGGAUGACGAAUGUGUGCCCGGUGUGCAAGCAAUGCUUCAGUUAUAUCACUAGAUUGCUGUUGGUACGCAGGGCUGGCAAUUUUGGAAGCGAUGGCAGAGCCGACUCCAAGUCGAGGGAGGUGGAAGAAGUAUGGAUACCAUUUGAUCUUGCAAUGGAUGCAAGGGAUCAAAAUGCAGUGUCCGAUGCAGAUGGACUCGGUUUCGCUCCAUGCCAUUAUGUCAACGAAGAUGCUGUGGAGUGCUUGGAUGGAAAAGGAUGCCUUUUCAGAGAUGGACUGACAAUGGAAGAUGGCCGGGAGAUGGCGGUGGCUUGUGAUGCCUGCGACAAAUGGUUUCACACUCGAUGUGUGAACUUUCGUGCCAAUGACAUGAGCCAAGAAUCUUGGCACUGUAUAAGAUGUGCUGAUGGCUAUUCCCUGACAAGUCCAGGUGCUAUGGUUGUCACACAAGUUGAGGCGCCCAUUAUGUCAGCAGAUGGCAGAGGCAGUGGUGCAGUGGAGGGAUCACAAGUGCGUAUCCGGACGUUGGAAGGACGAGCGGACGGCACUGUUAGCCAUGUUGGAGGAGGGGGAACAGACAAUUGCAGUUUGUGGAGAACAAGGGACUGGAUUGUGGGAAGCAAGUGGGCUUCAGAGGAGGGAACGUCACCAGGUCCGAAGGAUGCAAAGGCACGGGAAACUAACGAUGACCAUUCAAUGCAUGAUGCAGUUCUUACAGAUCUUGUUUUAGCCACUGACUCAGUGCGUGCAAAGGCUGAAUGCAGGCAGGGGAGUGCAGUGCAACAAGGAGGAGCAGCAGCAGCAGCAGGAGGAGGAGGAGGAGGAGGAGGAGGAGGAGGAGGUAUUGCUGGAGGAAAUGGAAGGGAGGUUACGCGGAGUGCAGAUCGCACAGAGACUGGUGGAGGCACUCAUAUGCUGGCAGGCAGCAGAAAUGGCCUCAUCCCCGUUCCGGCACCAGGUGGUAUUGGUGAUGGCAGAGAAGAUGAAAAGGGCAACUGGGGUCUCGCUAUUGGCAUGGCUGAAACUGGAAGUUCUAUGUCCGUUGAUCCAAUUGGCAAGCAACUGUUGGGCAGGACAUCUGGUCCCAAGACUAAAGCAGCAACACCAGGAACAGGGCCGGAAGGAUUGUCCUCGUCUGAAGCAGGGCACGAGCUAGAGGCAGUGAGUCUCCUGAGAAUGGACCUUCUUGCAGAUGCAAAGAUGAGCGGGAAAGUAUGUCCUGAUGACAAAGAUCAGCAGGCGGGCGACCGAAUCAUUGGUGAUAAACGGCAAAUGACUGAAGAAUGUGAAGUAAGAGAUGACAAUGGGGCAGAGAUGGGACCAGGACAUGCGGUGCGGGAGAACGGGAGUGGGCUAUCGACAGUGCAAGUGGAUGGAUGCGCACACUGGAGCAGGGGCAGAGCGAGAAGUAGGGGAGAGGUAAUGCGGGGGGAAGCAAACUGGGCAGCAGGGAGACCAAUUACCCCUCCAGCAGGGAGGCCUUCCUUGAGUCGAGAGUCGUCGUCGGUGUAUGGAAGGGGGGCUUCUCCUGCGAGGAAUGCGGCGGCUGCAGCAGCUGCAAAGGUGGAAAGCACAGGCCAUUUUGUGGUGGCAGCGGAUGGAACCAUCACGAAGGCUGGGACCCUUGGGGGGGGAGAUCUUGGAAUCCGAGGAGGAAGCGGCACACACCUCAGAGGAGGGAGAAUUGGAAGAAACAUGGGGGGGUUUGGUGGGAUGGGCAGGGGAAGGGGAGCAGGGUUGGGAAUGGGACUCGGGCUCAAUAUGGGACUGGGAAUGAAUAUGGGAAUGGCUAUGAGGAUGGGCAUGGGUGUGGGCCCAGGUAUGGGACUUGGAAUGGGUGUGGGGCCUGGGAUGGGCAUGGGUAUUGGCCUUGGUAUGGGAAUGGGGAUGGGAAUGGGAGUGGCGAUGGGUCCUGGAAUGAGAGGCGGAAGAGGGGGGAGGAUCGUUGAGCCGUUUGUGCCAUUUGGAAUCCGAGGAGGUCUUGGUGGUCGUGGGGGCAGAAUGGGGAGGAUAGGAAGCCGGCACAGAUUGCAGCACAGUCACAGUGUCUCCCCUCCAUCAACACGUCACACCAGAGGCUCCCCUGCCAGGUGGAGGUCUCGAUCACGUUCGCGCUCAAGGUCUAGGUCAGGGGUUCGAUCGAGGUCGCUCUCAAGGUCCCGUUCAAGGUCGGGGUCACGGUCAAGGUCUCCUCAUGGGCGGACACCGUCUCGGAUGAGCUGCGGCAGUGGGAAUGGAGGUGCAGGGCAUGCGCGGAGGCAUAGCAGGUCACCCUUGGCAAUGAACAGGCGCGGCGAUUUCAGGGAGGGCAUAGGAACUGGGUCGGGAGGAGGCCUGAGUCGCAUGAUGCCCGUCCCUCCGAAGUUGCCCUUACCUCCUCCACCCCCUCGAAGUCAGCGCUCCCCCCCAGCAGGCCUGAGACGGUUACAGGCACGCCAAAGGGAGGGGAUAGACAGGGAGCGCGGGGAGAGGGACAGAGAAAAGGAGAGGGAUGGGGAACGAGAUCGAGAGAGGGAGCACAAUUGGGAAUGGGAGAGGGUGGCACUUAUGAGGAGAACGCUCAGCCCUCCUUUGGCAACGCGGACAUUACCACACGUGGUGCAUGGGUCCGCACUCACUGACGAACGGGAUCGCAAGCUGCUUGCCGAGGUAUGCUCGUCACCUCCCCGAAAAGGAAGGCAAAGCCCAGGAGGCAGACAUGGGCUGUUCCGGUCAGAUAGGAGCAGGAGUGGUAGUCGUGGUCGGGAGCAGCAUGGCGGCAGUGAAUGCGGGGAAUUUGCAUUGAAGAGCAUUGUGAAGAGGGCCAGCCCUGGGAAAGUGGUAGGGGAUGCAGGUGGAGCCCAUGGCGACAGAAGGCAUGACACAUCGGACCCAGACGGAUCGCGCGACAAACGCGUCAAAGAAGAGCUGGCGGCACGAAAUGCAGUGGUCGUUGUCUGUCCGGUGGACAACCAUGGUGGCAGAGGGAGCAGUGAGGCCAGCAGGGAGGGAAGGGACCAUAAUCACAGGUGGGAGGAUAGGGAUUGGGAACGGGAAGAGGGUAGGGAGAAAGGGAGGGAGAGAAGUAGGGACAGGGGGGAAUCGGAGAACCAGAGACAUAACGAUUCAUCGAAAAUUGACGGCAGAGAUGGCGAGCCUGAGACGAAGAGACGAAGAGUGGGUGGAGUGUAUGCGGCGGAUGUGCCAGACAGGCUAGGACCGCUACCGCGUGGUCCAACAUCUACAGCAGGCGACUCCAAAUCUCUUCCAGGAGGUUCAACAUCUGGUGCCUCCUCUGUCUCCCACCCUGGAGAGGAGAGCAGCAAGGAUGGGUCCAGCUCAGGUAAAUCGUCAUCCCCUAGAGAUGAUUCAGGAAUCAAGAAGGAUCUUUCUCUGGCGACUAGUGUACAGCCAAGUAAGGUUGGAGCAUCAGCCCCAUGUGAAGAGAAUCGCUCUGCUGCCGCGGCGAUGCUUGGCACUCCAAACAUCUUGAAGCCAGAGGAAAAGUCCAAGGAGGAGAAGUUGAAGGAGGCAAAGGAGAAGGUCAUUGCCAGGAGCAGAAGCCUGAAGAGAACAUUGAGCAUGCGGGAGAGAAGCAUUAAAAACCUCCCCACAAUGCUGAACAGUGAAAGUGCCGGUCGCGGCUGGUCUCGAGGCCUUACACAAAGUGUUCCCCAGCAGCCCACAGCUGUGUGUUUCGAAGCAGAAACAGACCUUGAGAGGACUGGGGCUACAGUGAAGGGGAGCUCCGCAGAGCUGGCAAAUGCAGCCGGUUGUCCAACAGCAAAGUCUGAAAAGCUGGAUGUGCAUGAUGCUUUGAGACCGAAAUCAGUUCCUAAUGAGGAGGAUAAUAUCUCAUCACUUGGCACACCUCGCGAUGUUGAAAAACUUGGCGGUGCUCUUCCUACAAAGUUGAAAGGGAUCCAAGAUGCAGGAGUGGCAUCCAGUGGUCCGCUCAAGGAUUCAUCUGAUGGCCAGAAUCUAGUAGCCUCUUCUGUUUCAGUGCCAAUGAAGGCUGACGAACCUCGAGAUGUUCCAACUACUGCUAGCUCUCUGCAAUCCAAGCCUGAAGAAUGUCCAGAUGGGAAUCCCCCCAGCUCUCUCCCUUCAAAGCCUGACGAGAGUAGAGCUGCAGGGAAGGCAUCAGGUUUACUGCUGUCAAGGGUUGAUGAGCCUCGACUUGCAGACACAGCCUCUCAGAUCACAACACCAAGGCCAGAGGAAAGCCAAGAUGUGGAAAGAAACGCUACUUGUUUGCCCUCAAGGCCUGAAGACAGUAGAGUUGCAAAUAAACCCUCUAGUUCUCUACCAGCAAGGGUCGAGGAUAGCCGAGAGGCUGGAGUUGUGGACCUCUCUCAGAUGAGUUCGGAAAACCAGAAUACCAAGGAUCUGACGAGCGCUCCUGGACGGGUAGAAUCUCAAGGUGCAGGAAAAGGCGCAAGUGCACAACUUACAAACACUCCAUCAAGGGCAGAUAGUGUGGAGGUCGAAGGUGCUGCCGGACCUCAGGCAAGUUCAGAGAGCCAGGGUCAGAGCAAGCCAGCCACAAUGGGUGCGAAGACAUCUUUGCUUCUCCAAGCAGAAGCAGAUAUCGAUGAUCUGCCUUUGGUUGUUCUCCAGAAGCCAGCUCGGCGGGCUAAGACGUUGAAAGAGAGGGCUGACGGAGGAGGGGUGGUUGAUGGCAAGCAAACAAAGAAGGAGCAGAGUGCACCGGCAAAGAGUGGACCACCAGUGGUGAGUGGUGGUGUUCCCUCAGGGGAAAGAGCACCUGUGCCUGGGCGGGGAUCAAGAGAUUCUCUCCUGAAAAAGCUGCAGAAAGGGGGCAAGAAAGGGUUAGAUCCGGAAUUGGCAAUGCGGUUGUCAGUGAAAAAUGCUGCGAAGAAGGUUGUUGCUCCUACACAGGGGUUGACACCGGGCUCAUCUGUCAAAGCUGCUGCCAGCAAUCCCCCCAUAGCAGGGAAAGGGUCUGUGGCUGGCAUCAUCGGUGGUGGUGGUGGUGGGCAGAAGGGAAACUCCUUGCGGGAUAGGAUUUGUCCCGGUGGCAUAUCCUUAAUGGCACGGAGGGAUGAGGAUGAGAAGCCUGCUAAGAGGAUUUGCAGAUCAGAUGGGGGAGUUUCCGCCGCCGCUGGUGCUGGUGGUGUUUCCACUCCAGGGUCUUCAGGACAUCGAGAAGGAAGUGCAAAAGGGAGCAAUCGGGAUGUGGAAGAUGGCGAAGGUUCGACCAGGAGAGGAAUGGGCGCAGUGGGAAAGAAGUCCACAAAACCUCCAGGAAGACCGGGCCUUGCUGGGCCGGAAAAAGAGUCAGGUGGUUCAGUCAAUGUGGAACAAGCAGUGCCUAACAGACAAGCAGCAGUUGCAGGGACAGAUACCCCAGGGAUGGGCCCAUCCGGCCGUUCUGUUGGUGCGAAGAGUGCACAAGCUGUGAAGAAGAUUGCUAACGAUACUGCUGGAGCAGCAGGGGGGGUGACAGUUACGGAUAGUGGGAAAAAGACUGACACAGCACAAUGGGCUGCCAAGAUUCUGGCAAAAAAGGGUGAUGCAGCGGGAGGGGUGAAAGGAUUUGUAAAUGGUGUGCUGAAAAGGAGGGUGGAUGAGGGGAAGAGUGCUGCAUCAGCAGGCACUACAGCUGCAGAACGGCCUGGGCAAAAGGAACUGGGAAAGGGGGGUGUCAUUAGCAAUGACGGGUUCAAUAAAAGGGCCCCUGUAGGAGUCUCAGUGGGUGCAAGCAAGACCAACUUUGAGCUACUGGCCCAGUUGCCGAAAGAGUUGCGUCCGCAGCUUGAAAACAACCUCCGGAGCAAAGUGCCAUCGUCAAUUCGCCAGUACCAGCUCGAUAGGAUUCUUGAGCAGCACUUACGGGUGCUGGUCGGCGAAGGGGCAAAUGUACGGCGGACUUCCUACGCGGAUCUGGAUGAUGCAGUCAGAGCAGCAGUUGAAAUGGAGAGGACUGCUUUUCAAAGAGCUUCAGGGAAAAUAGUGUAUCUUAACUAUAUCAAGAAGGAGUUGGGUAAUCUCAUGAAUGCUGCAAAUGAGCUAGCUGUGCAGGAGAAGAUGCCUUCACAGGAUGAGGAGACGCGCCAGCCGAAGGAAGAAUCCCCUCUUGUGGAAACAGAGACUUCUCAACGGGCUGAAGCGGGAGCUAACCAGGAAACAGACGAACCAGUUCUCGCGACUGAUGACAUGCUGGUUGAGGUAGAGGAGGGAGACGAGGCCGGCGAAAAAAGAGAAUCGAAGGAGGAGGGUGGUGCUGCUGGGCAAAAGAUCGUGUCACUGCUUGAGGCCGUGUUUGGUGGGGAAGACGAGAGUGAUGAUGAUGAGGUGAUCUGUAUGGGCCCUUCUAAGACGUCCAAAAAGAUUGAUGUCAGCAGCGGCAAUCUGACGCCUGCUGCAGGGACUGCUGUGAAGGUGGAUGCUGUUAUUCAGAUUGAAGAAGGGGAAACCACGAAGGGUGUACGCACAAAGACGGGAGGACCUUUGCGGGGAGGAGGAGAAGGAGCAGGCAUUGAGACAAGUGCCGCAACAGCAGCAACUACAGGAGCAGAAGGCGGAGGAGUAGCAGGAGCUGCACUAACUGCAGGAGGGAUGUCUGCAACGGGCGAAGCCAUCAGUGGUUCAAGCAAGGUUGGCGACAGAGGUGGACGUGAGAUCCUACCAACACAUGGUGGCGAUUUGGGCGGUAAAGUGGAUUGUAAGGACCCUUCGGGUGAAGGAGAGGCUGUGAAGGCAAAACAGCAGGAGCAGCAGUCAAGAUCACGCCGCCUUGUGUCAGUUUCUAGUGACAACAACGAAGGUGCAGAGAGGGAGGAGGGUGCUGCUCCAGAGGCCAAGCCUGUGGGGUCCAGUCGAGGGAACAGUGGAACACUGCCAGGUACAGAAGAAAUGGACGGUGGAGAUGCAGGGAGCGAUCGGGCUAGCAACAAAGCUGUCACUGAAGAGAACCCUGAUCAACAGCAGGUCCCGUCAAAUGAGCAGCAGGCUGGUUCCAAGGUCCGGGGCAAGGGAGGAGGGAAGCGAGCACAGGUCACAAAGGACAGGACCACGUUGCCUGGAAAGACCGGCGACAAAGGGAAAGCCACGGGAACUGCUCGCAAGGUAGAGAAAAUGGGCCCGAAGGAGGUGAACCGCGCUGAAUUUGGAAGGGAGAGCCAGGUAGGAGAUACCAGUGAUAUCAACGGAGGGAAUGCUGGUGUGGCGGUGAAGAACGAAGUGGAGGUGGUCAUCGCUGAAAGCGCCGGUGGCAAAGAGGAGAAGGUAGAAUGCACAGAUGUGAAUCCAUGCUCACGAAGUGAUCCGAUGGAAAUCGAUGCUGGUGAAGAAGCGGAAGAGGGACUGAACAGUACUUCUUUGAUGGCGAGCGACGAUUGCAAGAGUGCAGUGAAGCAAGGAGGCAGCCGUGAAGGGGGAAGGGAGAAGGAUUCUGAGGAAGAUCCAGAUGGGGGGACGUCAUCUAGGCAGCCAAUGGUGCAAGAUCAGGUGACGAGCUUUAUCAGCAUGCACCUCAAACCUCUGUUGGAAAGUGGAGUUAUCAGCCGGGCAGAAUUUGCCUGGGCAACAGUCAAGACGACCGCUAAGGUCAUGCAGCACCAUGAAGGGGCAAUCGAAGCAAAUUUCCUGAUUAGGGAAGGGGCACGUGUCCGCAAGUUAUCUGAGCAGUACCUAGAAGCCUACAGGAAGAAAUCAUCACGCGCGCGAUCGAGAUCGAAAACUGCAUGAAGCUUCCAGUCUUCCAUUCUCAAGGUCCAGUCUCUUGCAUGCUGCAGUCCUGUACAAAGCGGUGGGCCCAGUACAAUGCAACGGCGCCAAUUUCCAAUCGGUAACAAGCACGCAUUUUCAAGGGGUAAGAAAACUGCCCAAUCACAGCAAGCUUCCACCAACUCUGCAUCAGGCGUACACAAGGUCUGCACCAGGUCUGUGCCAGGUCAGUGCCAGGUCUGCACCAGGUCUGUGCCACAUCUGCAGGUCUGCACCAGGUCAGUGCCAGGUCCGCAGGGCUGUACCAGGUCAAUGCCAGGUCUGCAGGUCUGCACCAGGUCUGUGCCAGGUCUGCAGAACCUGGUCUGUGCCAGGUCUGCAGAACCUGGUCUGUGCCAGGUCUGCAGGUCUGCACCAAGUCUGUGCCAGGUCUGCAGAUCUGCACCAAGUCUGUGCCAGGUCUGCAGGUCUGCACCAGGUUUGCAGUAACAGAUUAGAUGAACACACCCAGGUGCAGCUGAUGGAUGACAGCUGGGACAAUCAGUCCAAUUCAGGGACACGCGUCAACAGCAGGUGGCUUCUUGGUUGCAAAGGUUGGGUUACUCCUAUGUUGAAUCUGAUGUUUCAGAUGUAGAGUGGAAGAGGGAGGUGAUUUUUCUGCAUUGCUGCUGUGCUGCAUGCACACACACCAAUUUCGUCACCAAACAGCCUCAUCCUCGGUGAACCCCCCCCAGUACCUCCCUCGCCCAGGCAAACUUGAGAAUUGAAAUUGCGACCUUCCAUGUGUUCUUCAGAUGAACAGUGCUGCUGUACUGACAUGGGCAGGCCUCGCCAGCCAAAAUGAAAACGAACGGAAAACAAAAUCGCCUCCGUCGA